AUGGAUCACCCAAACCACCCAAACCAUCCCGAAGGAGUUCUCCACACAACUGGUGCCAAGGCUCAGGAGAUUACCAACGCUGCCGCUGAAAAGCUUGCUAAUGCUGGACAAGCAGUGAAGGACACCCUGUAUUCUGGAUACGAGAAAGUAACCGGAACUGCUGCCAGUGCAGCUCAAGCUGUUAAGGACACUGCCUAUUCUGGCUAUGAAAAGGCCGCUGAUGUUACAAACAGCGCCUAUGAAACCGUUGCUGGAAAAGCUGAAAAUGCCAAGGAAACUGUCAAAGACAAGGCCUACGAUGCUAAGGAAACUGUCAAAGACAAGGCCUACGAUGCCAAAGAAGCUGUCAAAGACAAGACCUACGAUGCUCGCGACUAUAUGUCACGAAAGGCGGAUGAAGCUACCGAUAAGGCAUAUGAUGCUAAGAACGACUUGUCGAGAAAGGCUGAAGGCACAAAGAACGCAGCCCGUGAUAAGGCUUACAACGCUAAGGACUAUAUGGCAGAGAAAGCUGAUGCGGCAAAGGGAGCCGCUAGGGACAAUACGCACGCGGCACGAGAUUACAUGGCCAACAAGAUGGAAGAAGGAGCUGACAUUAUCCACACUUAA